AUGCCGUGCCCGCGGCCGCCCUGGCUCCGCCGGGCCCGGGCCGCGCCCAGCCCGGGCAGCGGUGAGGACGCAGACGACGAGGAGGAGGAGGAGGCUGACGGUGGCCCGGGCUCGGGGCGCAUGCUGUCCCCCGCCUCGCCCUCCGAGUGCCUCAUCUGCGUUUCGCCCUUCGACGGCGUCUUCAAGCUGCCCAAGCGCCUGGACUGCGGACACGUCUUCUGCCUCGAGUGCCUGGCGCGUCUGUCGCUGGCCACUGCGGGCGGCGGCGCGGCGGUGGCCUGCCCGCCGCUCUCACGCCGCCUGUCGCUCAGCAGCCCCGCCUGGGCCUUCAAUGCCGCCGUAGCGCUGGCCGUGCUGGUGGCUGCGGGCUUGGUGGUCUCGGGGGUCUACAUCUUUUUCCUCAUCCCGCACGCCACCGCUGUUGGCCCCGCGCGGCCCCAGAUCGUGGCUCUGGCGCCCCCGCCCGACCUCCCUUGGUUCCCGCCGCGGCCGUCACCGCCCGGGAUCCCCGCCGCCUUCCCGCCGGAGCCCGGGCUGGAGCCCGACGGGGGCUCCGAGCACGCUGUGGGGCCCGGGUUGGAGCUCGACGAGGGCCCCAAGGACGCUGCGGGGUCCGGGCUGGAGCCCGACGGGGGCCCCGGUGACGCUGUGGGACCCCGGGGGACGCGGGAGCCCGGGCUGGAGACCGACAGGGGCCCGGAGGACGCUGCGGGGCCCGGGAGGACGCGGGAGCCGCCUCGAGACGGCGCCAGGGGGGAAGAGGCCGGCCCCUGA